UAAUUUGCUCCGGAGAAGAAAAAUGUUUUAUAUGAUGUACGUAAAGUCGGCUAAGAUUUGGCUUCCAAAGUAUUUGUAUCUCAAUAUCAACAACGAUGACCUCGGUCAAAUCUGUUUCGCGGCUCAGCUGUCUUUGCCGAAGUUUUCUUGGCCAUUCUUCUUCAAGAAUUCCUUCAUGUGCUGCAGUACCAUUUCGAGGGCAUUCACAUGACUCCUCUCAUACACCUAAAAAGGGAAAGACCCCAACCGGAAAACUUGAUGAUCCUUGGUCUGACCUCACUGUAGAUCAACAGCCCUCUGUUGAAUAUAAACCUCUAGAGAAGUUUCCUGAUAACACCAACCCACAGACAGGGGAAAUUGAUGGACCACGUGGACCUGAGCCCACUAGAUAUGGCGAUUGGGAAAGAAAAGGACGUGUAACAGACUUUUAAUUAGUAAUAAUUGGUGUGGAGACUUAAUAUUUUUAAUUGAUAGUGGAAGCAAAAAAAAAAUUAUUUAAAAAAAUAAAGGACAUUGUUAUAUUGGUUUAUUCAUUGGUUA